CGCCUGCCAGCCUCUGGGCAUGCUCCGUGGCGGGACCCGCUCGCCGGCGGGAGGGCGCGUCCUCCCUCCCCCAGGGCGGCGGCGGCGCCUGCAGCGACUGCCGCCGCGCCCCGCCCCGCACACCUUAGGGGACGGCGGGGACCACCCGGCCCUGCGCAAGCCGAGAGAGCCCCGUACCCCGAGCCUGUCGGCGAGCAGAGGAGGGCCGGCAGGGGAGGCGCGGAGGCGGGAGAGAGCCCCGCCGAGCUGCCUGCGGUUCCUUAGAAAGACUACCGAGAGGAUGGGAUGGAUCUGAGCAGUGACGCCGGCAGCAGCAGCCGUGCCAGUUCACAGUCUAACUCCGCCAAAGUGACCCCUUGCUCCGAGUGCAAGUCCUCGUCGUCGCCGGGGGGCAGCCUGGACUUGGUGUCUGCCCUGGAGGACUAUGAGGAGCCCUUCCCGGUCUACCAGAAGAAGGUGAUUGAUGAGUGGGCGCCGGAGCAGGACGCGGAGGAGGAGGAAGAGGAGGAGGAGCACGACGAGCGAGGGUACCGGGAUGACCGCUGUCCAGCCCGGGGGCCGGGGAACGUGAGCGCCAGGACCCGCAGCGGCGGCGGGGCCGGGGGCGCCACCACCGCCAUGCCGCCCCCCGUGCCCAACGGCAACCUCCACCCGCACGACCCCCAGGACCUCAGGCACAAUGGCAACGUGGUGGUGGCCGGCCGGCUGAGCAGUUCUCGGGGUCCCCGCCGGGCGGUCCAGAAGCCACAGCCAGCGGGGGGUCGGCGCGGCGGCCGGGGGCCGGCGGCGGGGAACCUCUGCCUUCAGCACACGGACGGCGAAACCUGCGUCCCGGAGGAGCCCCCGGUACCCCCUAUGGACUGGGAGGCGUUGGAGAAGCAUCUGGCUGGGCUGCAGUUCCGGGAGCAGGAGGUGCGGAACCAGGGCCUGGCGAGGACCAACUCCACCUCCGCACAGAAAAAUGAGAGAGAAUCUAUCCGACAAAAGUUGGCACUUGGAAGCUUCUUUGAUGAUGGCCCAGGAAUUUAUACCAGCUGCAGCAAGAGUGGGAAGCCAAGCCUUUCUUCUCGCCUGCAGAGUGGGAUGAACCUGCAGAUCUGCUUCGUCAAUGACAGCAGCAGUGACAAGGACAGCGAUGCCGAUGACAGUAAGACUGAAACCAGCUUGGACACCCCCUUGUCUCCCAUGAGCAAACAGAGUUCCUCCUAUUCUGAUAGAGACACUACUGAAGAGGAAUCUGAAUCCCUGGAUGACAUGGACUUCCUCACAAGGCAAAAGAAAUUGCAAGCAGAAGCCAAAAUGGCCCUCGCCAUGGCCAAACCCAUGGCCAAAAUGCAAGUAGAAGUGGAAAAACAGAACAGGAAAAAGUCUCCUGUCGCUGACCUUCUGCCACACAUGCCUCAUAUAAGUGAGUGCUUGAUGAAAAGAAGUUUAAAGCCCACUGACCUGAGAGACAUGACUAUUGGGCAGCUACAAGUGAUAGUCAAUGACCUCCAUUCCCAGAUAGAAAGCUUGAAUGAAGAGCUGGUCCAGCUGCUGCUCAUCCGAGAUGAGCUGCACACAGAGCAAGAUGCCAUGCUGGUGGACAUUGAAGAUUUGACCAGACAUGCCGAAAGUCAGCAGAAGCACAUGGCAGAGAAAAUGCCUGCAAAGUGAAAAGAAGCCUUCCAACCAGAGGAUAAGCUAGAAUUUAUUUUGCUUCUGUGGUUGUAAAAAUGCUGUUGCUAAAGGUGGCACAGAAACAAAUAUCAGUGUUAGUCAUUGAUAAUGUCUGAAGCUUAAUGUCCAGUGAUUGGCCUUUGCUUCUUAAUUUAUUUUAAUUUUUUUACUGUGCCACUAACUAUCAGGCAUUUUAAUAAGAUAUUGUUACAAAAAAUGUACAGUACUUACACCAUCACAAAUCAUGGUUAAUCAGAAGGGUAGUUUUAACUUUAUUUGUUUAGAAAUGUUAAGUUGGAGAAGUGUUUUACCAUUGACUACUUUCAUUCUUCACUGUAGUUUUAAAGAAGAACUGUAAAUGACGGUGCUAUACAAGUCAAAAAAUACAUGCCUGCCUCGUAGUGACGUUGUAGCUCUCCGUAAUAUGUAUAUUUUAAUCAGUUUUCAACAUUUUGUGAAUGUUGACUACCUGAAGUUCAUUUUUAGAUGUGCUAUUAACAUUCUGUUGGAGUCAGAAGGUUCCUUGAAAGUUUAUGUAUAAAUAUGUAAAAUAAAAAUUAAAACUUUGUUUCAUAUGA